CAUUGCAAGGGUGAAACGGCCCAGUCGGGCAUGCGCCAGGCUUUCGCUCCCUUCACUACUAUGAGCGGUGGUGUCUACGGCGGUGACGAGGUAGGUGCUAUCAUCUUCGACGUCGGACACCAGAGCCUCCGCGUGGGAUAUGGCGGCGAGGACACACCGAAGGCCGAGAUCCCGACGACCCUCGGGGUGUGGGAGGAACCCGCCGAUCCCGGUGGGAUCGACUGCAACAACGUCACCAGAAAACACUACAACAUCGACGUCACGGCGAUCCAAGUGCGAAAAAAGGAUAUGGAGAUAGUGAGCCUGAUGAAGGACGGCAUGAUCGACGACUGGGACAUGUUCGAGCGACUGACCGAGUAUACGUACAAGCAACGACUGCACGCCUUAGCCGAGCACCAUCCGAUCCUGAUGACCGAGUGCCCGUGGAACACCAGGCUGAAGCGCGAGAAGCUGUUGGAGCUGAUGUUCGAGAAAUUCAACGUGCCGGCCAUGUAUAUCUGCAAGAACGCCGUGCUGGCAGCUUAUGCGAACGGCAGGUCCACGGCAAUGGUCGUGGACAGCGGUGCGACUCACACCAGCGCGGUACCAGUCCACGACGGUUACGUUAUCACCCAGGGGAUCGUCAAGAGCCCUUUGGGCGGUGACUUCAUCACUAUGCAAUGUAGACAGUUCUUCGAGGAGAAGGAUAUCGAGCUGGUACCGGCUUGUCUCGUCGCCAGCAAAGAUGUAGUACGGGAGAGAGAUCCACCUCGCUGGACGAAACGGCCAGGACCGCAACCAACGUCGUCCUGGCUGAGCUACAUGGUUCGAGAGCUGCUGCAGGACUUUCAGAUGAACUGUCUGCAAGUGUCGGAUAGUCCCUACGACGAAGACGUGGCGAACACUCUGCCCAUGAAACAUUACGAAUUUCCGACCGGCUGCAACGAUGAUUACGGAUCCGUAAGGCUCAUGAUACCCGAAGCUCUCUUCGAUCCCAGCAACGUUAAAGGUGUGGGCGCGAGUAUUUUAGGAGUCGGUCCUCUGGUCACCACAAGUGUCGGAAUGUGCGACAUGGACAUUAGACCGAGUCUAUAUGGCAGCGUGGUAGUGACCGGCGGUAAUUCUUGUCUUCAAGGAUUUAGCGACAGACUGAAUCGGGACUUGGCCAGUAAGACCCCACCGAGUAUGAGACUGAAAAUAAUCAGCGCCAAUAGCUCGAGCGAGCGACGUUACGGUGCCUGGAUCGGCGGUUCGAUCCUCAGCUCUUUAGGCUCAUUCCAGCAGAUGUGGCUGUCGCGUCAGGAGUACGAGGAAUCCGGCAAACUCAUUUUGGAAAGAUGCGCGUAAUUCAAUAACGGAGAAAUUAAAGAAUCACGGUACGAGAGAAAUGGAAACGUUUUCAGUAAAGCUUCUUGUUUCGGCCUUUGUUAUAAUAAUAAUCGUUUCCCAAGUAACACAAAAGUCUGAUAUAAAUGAAAAGUUUUUCAUGAAAAUCGUCCAGAAAAUUAGGGUGUUCUUGCGACAUUUCUUGAACAUUUGUGUUAUCUAGAUGAUGAUAAUAAUGAACUGGUAUAAUGAGAGCAGAUGGAUACAUUAAUUCUUAGUCUGAUCACAGAUAACUAAUUAAACGUAUUACAUGAACAUUAGAAGCGAUUUAUAUAAAGUAAUGGUGACGGUGUAACGUAAAGCCGUCCUCGUGAGCAACAACCAUCAAAUUCGUUCUGAAGCGCCUAAAAAUUUAAGGAUACUGCUGAAGCAUUUAUUAAUAAAAACGUAGAAAGCAUGCUAAGGUUUCUUCGCGAUCUGCGAGGGAUGAGUUUUCACGUCGAAGAUUCUGACACGAUGUUUCCUCGCAGCCUUGCACACUUAUAAUUAGCAGAAAGUGCGAUUAAUCAAAAACAUCUCGUAUAACGCAUAAAUCGCGAGUAUAAGCAAUGUUAUAUUCGACAACUCGCUUAGACGCCAAUUAGAUAGACGUAUAAAUAUAACACGCGCGGCUUGUAAGAAUACAGUUCCUAAUUGCUCCGUGAAACUUCCAUAUAUCGUAUCUCAGAAGAGAAGAAUCACUUCCCCGUUGAAGUCACUCCAGCAAACAUAUAAAUGGAUAGAAUAUAGAUCUAUUGUGCGCAAUAGAUUUUCAUUAUUUUACUAGAAAUUUAUUCUCAUUAGAUAUUUAUUUGCUGCGAGCACAAAAUACUCGUUUUAUACAUCGAGGUAAUAGAGACAUAUCCUCUAUCGCAAUGUGUCCUCGUUUAUAAGUUAUCCUGAAGAAAUAGUAUCGUAGCGUAGUAAGAGUAAUAUUUCUAGCAUACUAUACUCACUCUAUUUACGUCCUGCUAAAUAUAAAAGUAUCAUCACAUGCGAAUCAUGCAUCAUUAAACUUAGAACUACAUGCAGAUUUUUUUUUAUACACGAGGAUUUACAUACCGAGUCUCGCAACCCAAUUAGAUAUUUUUAUAUGUGACUCCGAUAGAAAAACAUAUUUUUCGACAAAUCUUUUUUCAGAAGAGUGACAAACAUUGUCAAAUACAAUUGCAGUAUAAAAAUUCUAAUUAAUUUGCUAAGUUAAAAAAAUUCAAACCAAGAGAAAUUUUGUGCUGAUUAAAAAUUCUUGCAGAUUUACGUGCGUGUAGUUCUAGGUUCAAGAGGCUAAGCGUGGAUAUUUUCAUAAAGAAGAAAUGUUACUCGAAUUAAAAAGCAACUGACGGAUUGUAAACACGACAAUAGCACAGUUUGAAAAAGCAGCAGCUUAAAAAUUUAUAGGAAAUAGUUCCCUAUUUCUUUCCAAUUGUUUAGAAACUUUCAAUUAUUAUUUUAUAUAAUUACUGCUUACAAUAUAAUUCAUUCUAUUUAUAUACGAAUGAAAAGUUUUAAAUAUUUCACGCUGUUAAAUUACAGUGUGCAUAAAGAUAGAUCCUGUAAUACAGAAACACGUUGAGUUGCUGCUUUCUCGGAUUGUACUGUUAAAACAAUUAUACACUUUGACAAGACAGAAAAAUAUUUGUCAUCUCGACGGUUUCUUUCGACGGCCAUUUUAUUAAAAUUAACGUAAAUAUGUAUCUAUAAUACUUACAAUCACAAUCUCAAUCAAAAGACGUAAGAAUAAUAUCAAUAUAUCAAAGUAGAAACGUGGUAGUUUGAACUAGUAAUUUUAUAUCUAAUCGCAAGUGGAUAAGGAGACUGCGUAAUCCAAGUGCGUUAUUACGAUUUCUAAAUAAUCAAUGAGGUCAAUUCGUUACUGUAGCUAGUAAUACUGAGCUAAUCGACGAAUCUUCGUGCGAUUAAGUCUCGAUGAUGUGGAUUCUUGGGGCGCACGAGAAUACUUGCGCAUCUCGUUGCGGCAAACCGGAAAUAAUAUAACAAUGUGAGAAUUGACAACUAAUAGUAAUCUCAGAGUAUGUCUACGAUAUCGGAAAGACUUUUAAACAAGAGUACAAGUCAAAAUUUAGAUACGCUAUAGAAGAAAUGGUCCUACAGUACAAUUCUCAAAAUUUAGGCACAGCACCAUAAAAUAAAUAAUAAACUUACAGUACAACGCGGAAUCUAGAUACAGUACUAUGUAAAAGAUUUCUUUCGUUCCGUAGCGAAAACGCAGAUAGUAUUCGUAUGCUACGUCGCCAUAUAAUGUAUCAUGUAAACUUAAUGUGCGACAUGUACUGCAACAUGCCCUGUUCCUAAUCUUUUGAACGUUUGUACCGAAUAAAGUUCGAAUAUUUGUAA